CUAUUUUUGAGGCACCAACUUUACGGCUCUACGCCAAAACCACGGCGGCGUUCAUGAGCGCUCAUUCUACACCCGUUCACGUGAGCGGUGUCUUUCAGCGUAGCUUCCCACGUCUUCCUUCAGUGCCAAUGGUGUCAUGGGCCAAAUGCGCGAGGUGCUACCCGGACAACCCCUGGUGCGUUCGCAUCAUCUCCGUCUGCAUUUGCAUCAUGGGCUGCAUUGGGGUGGCCAACAAUUCUCGCAUUGCAACCAUGGAGAGCUACGACAUCGUCACUCAAAUGAUCCACUUGGAGUCUGCGCAGUCGAAGAAGUCAAGCCUCCUGCCUGCGGUGGGUUAUUCGGUCAGAUACGUCACCGUCGCGGGGAUCAUUGCGGGGCUUAGCGCAGUGGUGCUUGGUGCGAUUGGUUUCGUGGGGCAAAUGGCCAAGUCUCCCACCAGGAUUUGUGUCUAUUCACUCGGCUCCCUGGUGUUGCUGAUCGUGGCCAUUUGGCGCUUGAUCUACGCCUUCACAUCCGUGCCGUUAUUGGACGCUGCGGUGGACCAGCAGAUCACCGAGUGGUGCCUCCCCGAGAACAGGAAGUUGUACUAUUCCAAGUUGGAAUGUCCUGUGAGGCGGAAGUACAUCGUCUUGCCCAAAGACAGUCCCGAAUGUGGGCCGGAGUGCGAAGAGAAACUGCAGCUGUUGCAAGACAUGGGCGGCUGCCGCUUCCUGAACAGGAUUUGCGAGGAUCACAGCUUUGACUUCGUGGGGAAGGGCCGCUGUCUGGCCGAAGAGGCCGAUGGGCGACUGGUGCCAGCACCCUAUCGAAAAGGCAGUGUUGAAACCACGGACACCUGCUGUCGCUUAGAGUGCAAUUUGAUGUCCAUUUGCAAGGGGUAUUCCUUCCAUGUUGAGAAGGAGACCUUGAACUGGCACGGGGGACAAGAGAUAGCAGGCACUUGCUACUUGAUGACUCCAGAUUUGUCUCGAGGUGCAGUGUCUCCUGGAACGGAGAUCAUCAAAGACUUGGCCAACGAGAAUGCCACCGAGGCGGAGAUCGUCCAGGCUGUCCAGGAAGAGGCUCCUCGACGUUUGUGGUCGAAAGACAGCGUGCGCCGGGACGAGCAGUUCCACAAGCAGCUGAAGGAGAUGUACAGGAGAUGCAGCUCGCAGACCUUCGACGUCGGUUCCAUCACGCAGUGGGACCCGUACCAACCCUUGGUGCUGGUGAGCAGCGACAAGAGGCGACAAACCUCGUGCUGGAAGAAGGGCCGGCCACGGAUUGUCCAGGAGACCCUCCAAUCCAAUAUGUGGAGCAGUAUCAUUUGCUCGGUGGAGGUGGUGCUGCUCGCCCUGGCCACGACCACUGGGCUUUUUUACCAGUACUCCUUGGCCACCAAGAGGAGAGGCCGAAAAGGGCUUGCCUUCGUGUUGAAGCACAUGCUUUGCCCCUGCCUCGGGAACAACUCCAAUAGGGCAAGGAAGAUCUCCGACGACUUCUCCAGCGAGUCGGAGUCCACAGGCUCUUCACGAUCUUCCAGUUCCUCAGAUGUCCUUUGAAAAGCGCGUCAGUGCGCUGGAAGGACUGGGCUUUUGGUGACUGAGAAUGCCAAAGUGCAGUCUACGGUCAAGAGAAGAUAUUGGGUGUGGGUCAAGACAUGUCAAGGGCCA